GCCUUAUCCAUUUGUUCCAAUGCAUGUUCGUAUACCCUCAACUUUUCCUCAAAAGCUGCACUGCUAACGAUAAUUCAUAGUCGAUACAAGUCCUUCAAGGUCACCGGCCUCCAUCCCUUUUGUUGCCUCAUGUUCACGGCAGGAUUCGCUUGCCGUGUCUAUGGAUCAUACCACUACGAUAACAUCGAUGUCUACGUCGCAAGCCAGAUCCUGAUCCUGUGUGCGCCACCGUUGCUCGAACUCGCGAACUACCACAUCCUCGGACGAAUCAUGUACUACAUCCCAUACUGCGCACCACUCCACCCCGGCCGAGUCCUUACAACCUUCGGUGCUCUGUCAUUCUUUGUCGAGAUCCUCAACGGUGUUGGCGUCGCUUGGAUCUCGCGCCCGGACGCGAAGCAAAGCAUCAUCGACAUCGGUCACAUCCUCAUGAAGGCAUCCCUCUUCCUACAAUGCAUCGUCAUUGGGCUCUUCUGUGUCAUCGGUGCAAUCUUCUGGCGCCGCUGCGCACGAGCCGGCGUCUCUAAAGUCAAGGCCGUCCAGAUCCCCAUGAUCACUCUGUAUACCAGCAUGGCGCUGAUUUUCAUCCGCUGCGUGUAUCGUCUCGUCGAGCACUUCUCGAUCUCCAGCGCGCCCACGAAACGGGACGAAGACUUCGACCCCAUGGACCUAAGCCCUAUCGUCCGUUGGGAAUGGUACUUCUACACCUUCGAGGCGGCGCUGAUGCUUUCCGCCAUCGUGCUCUGGAAUGGCGCCCAUCCCCGCCUGUACCUACCCGAGAAAUACAAUGUUUACCUCGCCCAAGACGGAAAGACUGAGCUCUUGGGACCUGGCUGGAAGGAGGAUAGGCCUUGGCUCGUCACCUUCUGCGAUCCUUUUGGUUGGUUCUGGAAGCCGAAGAAGACCGAGCAGAGGCCAUUCUGGGAGGAGAAUGACGGGUCGGAGCCGCUUGUUCACAAGGAGCGUCAGCACCUGCAGCAGCAUAAUGAGAUGGUGUGAGUGAGCAUCGCGACUGGUGUUGCUCCUCUGCACCUUGUAUUCUUGCUUUUUUUCUUAUUGUUUUU